AACAUAGAGUAGUGCGAGUGAGAACGUAGCGGACGCGCUGGCUGGCAGCGAAAGAAAGCCCGAACAUCCUUUUGUUUCAAAAGAAAUCUUAUUCGAAGAUCCCUGAUCCGCAACAGGAUCGUCUAGUGCAAUAUAUAGACUAGGUAAUUUGCUUUUGGAAAAAUAAGGACACUGCGCCGAGGCCGUCGAUUGUUGUUUCCCCGCUAUCGAGACAACAACAAAACACCACAACAAAGCCGCAGACAAAGAAACGAAUCGAAACCAGCGCCAAACGAAGUCAGUCACGGAAAAACCUUGAAGUGACUCACUGCCAAUAUCACUGCCAAUUGGAGAUUGAUCACUGCCAGUGCAAAACAUUUAUCCUUGGAGCCCCAAAUAAGCGGAGUCCCCGGACACAAAAACCACAUCCGGAAUGCAGGCGUCGGAGCGCGAGAUUGGAAUGCUGAGAAAGCAUCGCGAGCACAUUAACAAGAAUCUGGAUUAUCUGGUGAAAGCGACCAACUAUGGUCAAGUGGCCAGGGAGUGCGUCCGCCAGGGCAUCCUGUCCAGCCAGAUGCUGCGCAACACGGAGGACCUCAAUGGCGAGCGGUUCAACAUGCGCGAGGAGGAUGUGCUACUGGAGCAGCAUCGUCGGUUGUUCCUCAAGGUCACCCAGCGGGGUCCAACCGCCUACAACCAGCUCAUAGCGGCCCUAAAGAAUGUCAAUUGUCUGGAUGCCGCCCAGUUGCUGGAGUCGGUGGACGAGUCCAGUUCGCGGCCACCCUUCAUCUCGCUGAACGAACGGAAGAGCAGCCGUCCCAAGUCGGCAGAUAUCGUGGACAACCGGUCGCCAGAUGCCUGCGAAGGUGCCUGUGUCAGCAAGAGACCCUUAAGCGAACCCCUCGGACCACCUACGCCUUAUCUGGAGCCCGUCGUCGGAAAACAGCGCGAAGUUAGGAAGUCAAACAAGAUUCACACUGAUGAUAUGGUGGGCACAUACAAAAUGCAAUCGCGCCACAAUCGCGGCGUUUUGCUGAUGAUAAACAUCAUCGACUUCCCAGAUCCCAAGCGCAAACGAAACGGAGCCGAGUUGGACAGUAACUCGCUGAUUCACCUGUACCGCGAACUGGGUUUUACGAUUUUCGCCUAUGGCAAUAUGAACCAGGAGCAGUUCUUCGACGUGCUGGGCCAGGUCACCUCGUCGUCAUAUGUGCAGAACACCGAGUGCUUCAUGAUGAUUCUGAUGACGCAUGGUAAUCGGGUGGAUGAAAAGGACAAGGUGGAGUUCUGCGAUGGAUCCGUGGUGGAUAUGCACAAGAUUAAGAACCACUUCCAGGCGAACAUCUGUCCGUAUUUGGUGCACAAGCCAAAGGUGCUGUUCUUCCCAUUUUGCCGUGGUGACCAUGCCGAUAUGGGGCAGCCGAAGAAUCGCUACGAUUCUAGGGAGCCUGUGUUCAAGAUCCCACAGCAGGCGGACACUCAGAUCGAGACGGAGGGCAUGUCCUCCGUGACCGCAAAUGUUCCAACUCUGGCAGACACGCUGGUCUGCUAUGCCAACACGCCGGGCUUUGUGACCCACAGGGACACGGAGACGGGCAGCUGGUACAUCCAGAAGUUCUGCGACGUGAUGGCCGAGCAUGCCCACAACACGAACGUCGAGGACAUCCUGAAGAAGACGAACGCCUCCGUGGGCAACAUGCGCACCAAAAACGGCUCGAUGCAGACCGGUGCCUUCGACAAUCUCGGCUUUAACAAGAAACUCUACCUUAAUCCGGGCUUCUACAGCGAGUAGCCGCAGCCACUGCCCAUGAUGAAAGCAUUCCCGACUGAAUAUUUGCAUUUCUAAACCGUAUUUAUGUUUGUAUCGUCGCAUUUAUGUGUGUCCUUUAGAUUAUGUGUUUUGUGCUCGCGUGCUCUAUAUGUCUAUUUUGUACGCAAUACUCCUCUACUUCUUCAAAUACUUUUUUUUAAGGUACACAAAUUAGGUCUUUCUAUGUGAUAAACGCCAGAAGUGUUAAGAUCAAAAUAAGCAAACAAUUAUUUAAAAUUAAGCAAAUCCACCAUCAACGAAUAUUAGAAAUCGAAAAAUUUAAGUAAAAUGUAAAACAAUUUUCGAGUCUGAUCUUAAAGUUUGUACAUUUACAGUAUGAAAGAUAUCAUUCGAAAUGGAACAAAAAAGUACAAUGUAACAAAGUUUUCCAGUCUGAUUUUAGAGUUGAUUUGUACAUUUAUAAAUAAACGAUGGCAUUUUUUGACAAAA